GAAACCGCCACAGUUGGACGAGGCGUUAUGGAAGGCGGCGGGGGCGGUGGUAGCAUUCUCUCGGCUAUGACGGCGAAUAUGGUGUCCCGCGGCUUAGUUCCUGAAGUGGACGCGAGCUCCCUGGCCCAGAAACUACAGGCGGCCGUGCGCGACCUCCGCGUGGCGUGCCGCGUCAGCUACGCGUUCCAGAUCAACGAAGACAAAAUGACCAGUUGGAAAACGGCGUCGCUCGGCACCGUGCUCAAGUCCGUGCACGUGACGCCCGAAGUGCAGGCCAAGAUCCACGCCGUGUACGACGAAGCGAUCGUCCAAAUGCGCACGCUGCUCGAUGAAACAUACGACCGGACCGUGGCCGAGAUGACACACCGCCUCGACGCGUUCGAAAAGGAACUGACCGCGCAGGCUGCCGCCUCCCAUGCGUCCCUUGUCGACGACUUGGAGCUUAGGUAUGCCGCCACGAAGCUCGAGUUGGAGCACAUCAUUGCCGACAUGCACAAAGAACAUGACCACCAGCGAAUGCAAAUCAUCUAUUUAGAAACGAGGUUAAAGGCGCUUGAAGGGGCGCCAGAUCGGGGGGACGUGGAGCUGUGCAACCAGCUCCGGACGCGGGUGGUCGAGCUCGAAGCGGCGGUGGAAGCGUCCGCCGCUCGUGUGGCUCAGGUCCAAAACGACAACGCCACAGCUAAGCGGCGCAUCGGACACUUGGAGUCAGACGCGGUGCUCCGCCAAGCCAAGUGGGACAUGACCCAGGGCAUGUACGCCCGGGAGACGACUCAAUUGUGCGACAUCAUUCGCAUGAACGAAGCGCAGUUCAUGGCCGUGGCCACGGCGGUCCACAGGGCGCCGUCCCCCACCAAGCCCUCAGCCAUGGGAGGUCCUGGGUCGCCGACAAGAGGGGGGGUACAGAGGUACGACCCGCACUCAGGCCGCGUGCUUCUUCACACGAGCCCCCCGACCCCCGACUUGGUGUCGACCCCGUCAGGUGUGCAGUACAUCUCAACCACGAGUCCCACCCGCCGCCCUCCGUCCUCCCCUCAUCGUCGACCCGUUUCAGACAAACCCUUGCCCAUAUUACCCACGGCGACAGUACACAGACCUUAUAUUUAACGUGUUUUGGUUGGGACUGGAGAUAACGACGGUGGUUUCCUCCUGGGUUGGUGGUCUGUCUGCGGCCGCCUUUGGGAUAGACCAAGUCGUUGCUUGGUGUUUGGCUGGCCGUAUACUUCACACGUGACAGUCGUGGCUACAUACAUCCAAGUACAACGCAUGAAGAAGUAGGUAGGUGCUUUGAUGUGUAGUCCUUGGGGGCAUACUGUACAAUUGCACCAUAUUCAUGUACAGUACAUGAAGCCGUCGUACGUGAAUGAGCAGACGACGAGUCUUUCAGGUGAACCAGCGGACGGCGUGCCGCCCGAUCUGCGUCGAACCGGCUCUGCUGGUCCAGUGCCUUGACCUUGGCCCACUUUGCGUCCCGCGCUUCCGUAAACGUUUUGAUCGUGUGCACAAACUCAGCUUCAAAUGACGCCAGGUCGUGCUGCUGUUGCUGGCUUUCCAGCGCGGCGGCGGUCUGUGCACGUUGUCGAUGGCGGUCUUCUCGGGAUGGCGACGCCUAAUGCCAGCACCCAAAGUUACUUGUAUCCCCCCACCCGUGGACUCUGUCGUGUCCAUACCGCCAGCUGGCGUCGACGGUUGGUUGUUUGCUGCUGGCCAUACGUUUUAGCCGCUUCCAUGGCCGCGGCCUUCUUCUCGGCCGAAAACUCUUCGAGUGCCCGCGCCGCACGCUUUAGCCGAAGGUCUUGCUGGCGUUUUGCAUGUAAGAACUCGGCCGCUUCUUCCUCGAUCCGACGGUGCUCUGCCUGGGCAUACGCGAGUCGUUCUGCCUGCAGCUCCAGCUCUACGGCGGCCACCGUCGCGCGCCGUUGGAUCUGCCGCCAUUUUCCUCGUCAGACCAAUUGGCAAUGGCGUGUUCUCCGUGUACAUACAUGAUCUCGCUCGUGGAAGGCCAUGUUGCGUUGGGUUUCCAUGAUCACGGCCGCCCUCUCGGCCGCCUGCCAGUCCCUUGUCCGCUGCGCUUGACCUUCCAGCGCUGCAUUUUGCCGGUCGAUGGCGUCGCGGCGCUGUUGCACGGCCGCGUCGCGCUCGUUCUCGGCUUGUUCCCGGGCUCGGUCCAGACGGAACCCGUCCAUCUGGCUUUCGUACAAGUCCUGCUUCAGCGUUGCCACGUCUUGGUGUAACCGAUCGACGGCGGCCUCCAAAUCGGCGGCGGCGGCCGCGAAGGUGUCCCGCUCCGCCGCAUGCGCCUUGCCUUGAUCCACGGCCUCGGCCCACGUCGCAUGAAGUGUCACAAGGUCCGCACGCAGGGUCGCCACCAUCGCCUCGUGGUCACGGUUCUGCCGCUCGACGUCUACGACGGUCGUCGUGAGGUCCUCCACCUGCAUCUGCAACAACCCCAUCUUUUCCUCCCAAACACUCGUGCCUCCUACAUUUGACCAUCCAUCAGGAAUGCAGAUAGGACGAGAACGGUAGUACCUCGCAAGCGAAUGAUCUCUGCCGUGGCUGAAUGUCCCCAAUGGAUGGCCAAGUCCAGUGCUGUGCAUCCCGUCUGUCGGACAUGGAAAUAAUCAAUCAAACGAUCCAC